AUGGAAACAGUUUCUGCAGAGAAAGCAGACGAAAAAGCUGAGCAGCUGCUUCGCAGGGCGAAACAGCUUCGGGAGGAACUACAGGCUGAUGUCAAAGGCCCUGCAGUCACUCGUGUGCAGCCUGCGAAUUGGAGACCCGACCCAGUUGAGUGGUCCACCCGUGCAGUGGCGGAGUUGGAACUCAUUUUGGCAGAGGAUCCCAUGUGCACAGGUGAGAGGGACAAAGAGGAGUCGAAUGGCAGUCGAAAGGAUGAUGAUGACACCCAACGUGAGAGAGAAGAGAAAGUGCCGAUGACAUCGCAGCCACCUUUACCAAUCUCAGAUGUACGCAGUCUGCCUGCUGCCGGAUCUACGCUUCGAGGCUUUGAUGGACUUAACCUAAAGCUCGAAACCCUGGAUCUGACCACCUUUGGACUUCGCAAGAUCAGGGAUGCGGAUGGGAUUUGGCUACGCUGCCGUGUGGUCUUGGGCCAAAGUGCCAAGACGGAAGUGGAGGAAAUCCUUCUCCGAUGUCCAGAAAUUCAAGGACACAGAGUGGAUAUCCAACACUCCUCACAUCAGCAAAAGCAAGCGUCUGUGGAUUGGCAAACCGUGGCAAGUGAACCGCUUCAACUUGGGCUGCUGAUCAGCUCGAAGACAAAAACGAAAGGGCGAGAAUCACGAGAGAAAGGCCACGCCCUGACACCUGUGGCCGAGGCCAACCUGCUGUGGUUUGCUGCCCUGCUGGAACCUGGGGCCACUUGUCCUUUCACCUGCGAGCUGAAGUCUGUGGAGUCCACAGGGGCAAAGAACCCACCGGUUGGACGCCUACACUUUUCGAUGGAACUCACGGUCUCUUCUGCAGGUGAUUCUCCCCAAGGACAAGCUGAUUCCAGUUGUGCCCCAAUCUUCCACAAUGUUUAG